UGAUACUUGACGCGGGAGGCGGCAUUGAUUUUUCGAUUCCUAGAAUCGGAUUAUCGCGACGGACGAUCGCGAAUACGAGUCAUACGUUAUUAGUGAAAGUCGUUCGCGUUUGUACAGUUUGAGGAUCAAGACUAACGGCGCUAUACGAUAUUCCCGCCAAGAAUCGCGUGAAGGGGUAAAGAAGGUCAGGAAGGAAAGGAAGGAUCAAGAGAUCUUCACCAGGCUGGAGAAAGGGAAAGAUAAUUGAGCAAAAUGACGGGCGGUCUCUUGUCGACAUUCAAAUUUCGACACACGACGUCAUUGUGAGAAAUCGGCAAAACGGCGUUUAAAAAGUCGAGAGAGACCACAGAGCGAAAAGUUGUGUGUCAUUGUUCUCUUUGUCAGACCUUCUCGAGCGAAUAUCGAAUCGAAGGGAGCCCAAGCACUUUGGACGAGUUUCUCGCAAGAGAAAGGAGCGGAUCCGAGAAAAAGACAGAGCGAGACCACAAACUAAGAAGCUUCUGGAGAGUUAUUAGGGGCAAAAAGAUUCAAGGGGAACCGUCGGAUCGCGUACUUGAUAGAACGGUGCUCUUACGACGGGCUCUUUGCGAGAGACUGUGCGAGAGAUAUAAAGUACCUACUGCUAGGAAAACAAAUGGAAAUUUCGCAGAAUAAUACUUCACGAUGCUUUUCGCAGAGCGAAGAUCUUCCAAGUAAGUUGAACUCGGCAAAAAUAUAAAAAAGGUAAGAAAGGAAACGUCAAACAUGAAACAAUUGAAGCAAAAGAAAAACUGUCAGAACGUGAUGCUUCAAUCCCCUCUUGUUCUCUGAGAGCGACGAGAUUCACAUUGUACAAUUGUAAAUGAUAUUAUUUGCUAACUUAUAGAAAACAGAAGAUUUAAGUCCAAUAGCAUUACCUCUCUAAAGUUAUAAUUUUUUCAUCGGCAGUUAACGACUGCUAGUAGACGGUAAGAAGACAUAAGUAGAAGUCUGAAGAUCGUUAAACUAUAUGAAAAGCCUCUGUAAUACAAACUCUCCUUAACUCCCUCAUUAAAAACGCUUUCGUUAAAAGCUUUCGAUACUUCAAUGUUAGAAAGAUAUUGAAGACUGGAUUCCGUUAUAAAGAUUUGCAUACAGCAAACAACUUCAUUUACGCGGCGGAGUGUCGAGAAAGAGAGAGAAAGCUUUGUUAGAUGAUCGGUAAUUUCUAUUUUCUCGGUUGAAAAAGAGAUCAGAAGAGAUUAUCUACGGUAAAUCUUUCACUCGAAGAUCAAAAGAAUCAGUUGGCGGAAUCUCAUCUCUCUUACGGAAGAUUAUUAUGAACAAUUUCAGCGGAAAACUGGAUGAGUAAAAUCAACGGAGUGCUUAUAAAAAUAUAAUAUCAGCUUCGAAGCUAUUUAUUUGCUGAAAGCGAACGAGAGAAUUAAAGAGACGAGGCGCGUAAUUCACUAUAAACUUAAAAAAAAAUCUCGUUUUCUUUUGACAGUAGAAUAACAACAACUUUUACUUGGACGAAAUUUGACCUCCGUUACUCGUCUCGAAAGAGCACGCACGCUUUAACUCCCCAUUAGACAUUCCGAUUUAUAUUCAGGAAGAUCGAUUUACGGAAAACUACGAGACGGAGCAAUCGUAAGAAAGCGACUUAUAAACAGCGACCAGACGCGACACGCUCGCAAAACGAUCAACAGCACGAAUCGCAACGGCGACGAUCCAUCGGUUCGCCACCGCGAAUUGGAGCGUAAGAGAUCCGUACUCCCGCCGGCAUCAUUCCGUUUACCCGACCGGAAACGCUCCGAGAAGAAUACGAAUUCACCGCGGAUCCUGCAGGCCGUUUCUCGCUUCGCCGAUGCACGAAAGAAGUUCGUGACGAAAGCGAGCGCGCAUUCGUACGUGACGGGGAUUGUUCGUGGUGAAAGAAAAGAAAAGGAAUAGAAAAGAAGAAAAAAAAAAAGGAAAAGAAAUGACGCCAGAUCGCGAGACGAUCGUUGUCCUAUUCUGCUGAAGCUGGAACCGUCGACGAUCUCGAUAUUCCGCCACGCGGCGCGUAAGAGGACGAGAAUCGCCACGCGAGAAUCAUUUGCCAUCGUGUUAAAACGGGUUGACAAGCUGAUAUCUUGAGAAUGACGCGUGUCGCAUAUCGACUCGGUCUCCAUCAGCUGCUCCUGGGGUUCAGCUUGCUGAUCAGGCCCCUGCUGGGCUACAACAUCCUGCUGGCCACUAUGGGUGGUACCAAGUCCCACACGGUGCCCUUCGUCGCCCUUGGUACGAGUCUGAGGUCGCGAGGGCACAACGUCACGCUGCUGAGCGCUUUCCCUGGUCCCGCGGCGAAUAACGAUCUUCACGAGCUGGUGCCGUCGAUCCUCGAGGCUUACGUCGAGAAUUUCACGGCUGAGUGGGACCUAGUGGGCGCCAGGUUCCGGAAUGAGCUUCCGGUAUCACCGUGGGACGCUAUGAGAUAUGCUUGGGAGUCAUGCGAGGCUUUGCUCCAGGACGCAUCGUCGGUAGCCAGCAUGAGAAAGCCGAAUGGCGAUCCGCACGCUCGAUGGGACGUCGCGGUGCUUGACGGCGCUUUUCCUGAGUGCAUGCUGGGCAUCCUCCAUGGCGAGAAUGUGCCGACGAUAAUGUUGAAUACGGUGGCACUGUACAGCGGGUCCAUUAUGCGACAGGGCAAUCCAUCACCGUGGUCGGUGACACCGUAUUUCGGUAAAGCGUACACACAGGACAUGACUUUCUUCCAGAGAGUCCUGAACACGGCGGCCCUGCUCACUCUAAACUUUAUGCAUUGGUCCGCGGUCUCGAUUUAUCUUCAGCCGACGCUCGAGAGAUACCUCGGCAAUCAUAUACCCGAUCUGCACAGCCUGACGGCGGAGGUCCCUCUGACUCUGCAGAACAGUCAUUAUAGCGUGGGCGAUUCCGUGCCCUACUUGUCGAACGUCGUAAACGUGGCGUGCCUUCACUGCAGACCGGCGAUGCAAUUAAGCACAGACUUAGAAUCCUUUCUACGACGCGGUUUCGUGUUUGUCUCGAUGGGAUCGUCGGUGCGAGCUUCUGGGAUGCCGGAGGCGUUACGGCAGAUCUUUGUCGCAGUAUUCUCCACGCUACCGUACAACGUCGUGUGGAAGUGGGACGGUGGUAAGAUCAAGGAUCUGCCGGCGAAUGUGAGGACGGCUGCCUGGUGGCCGCAGCAGGAGCUGCUUGGCCAUCCCAAGCUACGUGCCUUCGUUUCUCACGGCGGGCUGCUAUCUUUGCACGAAGCGGCUUACCACGGUGCGCCGACUCUGGUCUUACCAGUCUUCUGCGAUCACGAUGGAAAUGCGGCGCAAGCUGGCAAGCUGGGGUACGUUUUGAUAAUGGAUCUGGCAGGUAUAUCCAUUAGUGCGCUACGCGAAGGUAUAAUUAAAGUCGCCGCACUUCACAAUAACUCGUACAGAGAGGCGGCUAAAAAAAGAAGUGCGUUGCUACGUGAUCUUCCGAUCGGUCCAGGAGAAUUGGCCACUUGGUGGGUCGAACACGUUGCCAGGCAUGGUGGAGCCGAUCAUUUGAAAAGUUCAAUCAGGUACAUGAGCGUAUUUCAUUAUUACAGUAUGGACGUCGUGCUAUUUUAUAUAUUGAGUUUAAUUCUGAUAAUUUAUGGACUCAAAAAAUUAUGCUGGCGAGCAGUAAUCGGUCAGGAUGUCUUGAAAAAGAAAGUGGACUGACGGAUAAUUCUGUGAAAUUUUCUGCCAAAUUUAUUUUAUUUAUUAUAGUGAAUAGGAUGUGUUCUCUUAAUUAUACGGUAAGU